AUGAAUUGUAACGACAGACAAAAUCGAACAACAGCGGCUCCCGCUAAACGAAGAAGGAGACUUGCCGCCACCAGCUCCACAGAUGAACAGGCCAUUGACUCAGAGAAUUUCUUUAAGCACACUUCAUGCACUGAGACGCAAAGAGAUGAUCAUGAAUCCAAACAAGGUGAGAAUGAACAACUUGUAGCCAAAGAACGAGAUAUUGUCGUGAAAAUAGAAGAACUCUCCGAGGAGAAUCAGCAAUUACUGCAGAAGUGUGAAGUAAUCGAGCAGGAGAAGACCGAGAGCCAACAUCAGUUGCAGACUUGCCAAGUGCAUGUAGCUCAACUAGAAGAAGUGGCGGAUACACUUGGAGACAAAAACAAAUCUUUGAUUAAAAAGUUGAAGGACGCGAGGGCAGAUAUUGACAGUCUUCGCAAAUAUGCACUUGCCUCCGAUCAGUCCAUUGCGGAUAGCAGACAUGAGAUGUCCUUUCUCCGAAAUAGGAAUGAUGCCCUUAUGGCUGAGAUCAAUUCAGCAUCUGCGUCACUAUCAACGCUUAGUCGAGCGCAAGAAGCUCUCUUGCAACAGUGCAAAGAUGAGCGCACUGCUAAAGAGGGCCUGGAGCGUGAAAAUGAUGCAUUGCAAGAAAAGUUCCAACGUGGUGAAAUAGCUAUUGCUAUAUUGUGGAAGCAAACGAAGGCGCAUAAAGCGCAGAAGGAGAGUUUGAGAGAUCAACUUGAGAAGACGUCGAAGAAGGUGGCGGGGUUGGCGCACCAGCUGGAGAACGCUGAUACUCUUCGCCAGACGAUGAAAGCGGAAUUUGAAGACAAGCUACACAAGCUCCAGAAUCAAUCGCUCAAAUCGCUACUUGCGAUACAAACAAGCAACAAAAACCUCAAAAGUAAGGUCAGCAAAAUAGAAGACAUGCUGGUGCAAGAUGCACAAUGCAUGCGAGACCUUUUUAUAGAACGGGACGAUUUAAAACGGAGGAUGCUCGAGGAACAGAAAAAGUCGCUGAAACAAGACGUGGACGGUCAAGUACUGCAGUCAACUCUACAGCGACAUCAGCACACGUUGACAAAAGUAGAAGAGCAGUUGGGAAGGAGUACUCAAUCAGAGGGAGGCGAACAAGAUCUCGUUCGCGAGAAGACUGAGAUGCAGCAGCUUGUUUCGAAGAUGAAGAAGAAGCAUUUAGUGGAAGUUGAAGCAUUGCAUGAGGAAAUCAAGCAACUGAAAACUGGAACUGUCGAGUUAAAAGAGCAAUUGGGAAGAAACACGAUAUUAGAAGAGAGCACCCAACAACUUCUUCGCGAGAAGAUGGAGUUGCAGCAACUUGUUUCGAAGAUGAAGACGAACAAUUUAGAGAAAGUUGAAUCUUUACAGGAGGAAAUGGAGAAAAGGGUUGCUAUCGAGCUGGGGUUUCUGUGA